AUGACUGAAGGAUAUAAACUUGGUGAUUUAGUUUGGGCUAAGAUGAAGGGUUUCAGCCCUUGGCCAGGCCGGGUAUCAAUACCAACUCCUGAAUUGAAGCAUCCAAAAAAAGGAAUGUCUGUGCAAUGCAUUUAUUUCUUUGGAACCAAUAAUUAUGCAUGGAUAGAAGAGCAUAAUAUUAAACCUUACCAAGAACAUAAGGAGCAAUUGAUUAAAUCAAGCAAGUCAGCCGCAUUCAAAGAGGCCUGCAAUCAGAUCGAAGACUAUAUAGUUCAUCCUGAGAACUUUGGCGAAAUUGACGAACAUGUCCGUGAUCCCGACGAGGAGUUUGACAAGAUGAGGGAUGUGCUCAGGAAGGAGAGCACGGAGUCCGUACCCAAGGAGGAGGCCACUCCUGAAGUGAAGAAAGAAAAGAAGAGCUCUACGCCCAAGAUUCGUUUGGGUUCUAAGGUGAAGGCUGUUAAGCGUUCUUCGUCGACUGGUCUGAAAUCCACGCCCAGGAAAAUGGCGAAGGCGUCCCGUUCGUUUACGGACUCUGACUUGGCGAAUGAUAAGCCGUCGAUGCUGAACCACUCGUUCUCGAAGAAGUCAAGUCUUCUGCAGCGGCCGUCGAAUAUAUUGAGACCUGAAACACCGCCCCUGGAUCUCGAGAACGUAUCUGAGACGCUCCUGGAGAAGAACAUAAAGGCGAGUCAAAUGAAAUUCGGCUUCCUCGGCCUGGGAAUUAUGGGGAGUGGAAUUGUCAAGAAUUUGCUCAACUCCGGUCAUAAGGUCCUUGUGUGGAAUCGUACUGCUGCCAAGGUAAGUGUAGAUGUAGAUUCCAGGUGUCCUGGAAUAGAAGGUUUAGAAGUUAAAUUAAUGAAUAUAGAAUUUGGGACCAGCUAG